CCACCACACCUAGCUUUCAAGAGAGGUUCCAGAAGCUAAAGGGAUACAAGAUUUUCCCUCAGACAGAAGCUCAGAAGAGAUGGCUUGUUCUACAGUUUGUUUUUCUGCUGGAGAGCUCUGGUCUAAUAGUGGAUCACAUUUUAUCCAACACAGAUGUGGAGUAUCACCUACAUUGGUUUGAGGUUGGUGAACCUUGUAUAUCUCUGUAUGGCUGGAUGAAGGAGGAAAUCUUGACAUUUGAGGAUGUGUCAAUAGACUUCUCUCAAGAUGAGUGGGAAUGCCUGGACUUUGCUCAGAGGGCUUUGUACAGGGAUGUCAUGUUGGAGACCUACAGUAAUAUGGUCUCUGUGGGUAUUUUAGUGUCAAAACCAAACCUCAUCAGUUCUCUUGAACAAAGCAAAGAGCCCUGGAAUGUGAACACUGGAGAGAAAGAAGGCAAUGAACAAGUUUUAUAUUCCCAUCAAACACAAGAACAACUUGCACAGGCAAAUAUACAAGAUUCAAUCCUGAAGUUGGUAUCUGGAAUAUCUAAACAAGAGAAGCAUUAUAUAAACAAUCAAAAUGAAGAGACACAAUACAACUAUAAGGAAUAUGGAAAGAGCUUCAACAGAUGUUCAUGCCUCAUUAGUCAUAAGAAAAUUAAUCCCAAAGAGAAAGGACAUAAAUGUCAAGAUUGUGAUAAAUCAUUUCCCCAUCAUGCAACUCUUCAAGCUCACCAAAGAAUCCAUUCUGCUGACAAACCUUACAAAUGUCAAGAAUGUGGCAAGUCCUUUAGCCAUCAUGCAAAUCUUCAAGCUCAUCACAAUAUCCAUACUGGUGAUAAACCUUACAUAUGUCAAGAAUGUGGCAAGUCCUUUAACCAGAUGUCAAGUCUUCACACACAUUGCAGAAUCCAUACUGGUGAGAAACCUUACAGAUGUCAAGAAUGUGGCAAGACCUUUAACCAGGUGUCAAGUCUUCACACACAUUGCAGAAUCCAUACUGGUGAGAAACCUUACAGAUGUCAAGAAUGUGGCAAGACCUUUAACCAGGUGUCAAGUCUUCACACACAUUGCAGAAUCCAUACUGGCGAGAAACCUUACAGAUGUCAAGAAUGUGGCAAGUCCUUUACCCAGUCCUCAACACUUUACAGACAUCACAGAAUCCAUACUGGUGACAAACCUUAUAGGUGUCAAGAAUGUGGCAAGUCCUUUACCCGUCAUGCAAAUCUUCAAACUCAUCACAAAAUCCAUACUGGUGAAAAACCUUACAGGUGUAAAGAAUGUGGCAAGUCCUUUACCCGUCAUUCAAAUCUUCAAACUCACCACAGAAUCCAUACUGAGAAACCUUUUAGAUGUAAAAAAUGUUGCAAGUCCUUUACUAUAUGCACAAGUCUUAGAAGGCAUCAGAAAAUUCAUGUAAUGGGAACACCUUUUAAAACUUCUUAGUUUAACUCACACUAAUUCAAUUUAUCAGUCUUCAUACAGUGAACAAGCUAUUUCACAGACUCAUAUGCUUAAAUUACUUUCCAAGCUUAGUCAAUACUUAUAUGGUGCUAUAGUCCUAAUAAAUUUAGAAAUAUGGUGUCCAGAUUUUAAUUUUAUAAUCAUGAAAUAUUCAUUGUGAAAUAAAUUAUUUAUGCAUCAUUGUUGGGGACAUAAAAAUUAAAAUAUCAAUUAUUAUCAAUAAAGAAAUAUCUCUAGUAGGAAUGAAUUAAGCAAUAACUCUUCUUGACUGUAUGUCAAGAUAAUGUGUUAAGGAACCAUCCAAAAUCAAAUUAUUCCAGAUUUUGAUGCAUAUUUUAGAUUGGCAUAUGUUUGUUUAGGUAAUGUGAUUAUAUUCUAUAUAAACAUUAUUUUCCUGUAGUUACUUGUGAUUUCAGAUAAAUAACUGAUUAUUUUGAACUUCAAGUGUUUUCCUUCUUUGCAAUAAAAGUGUUAAAUAUUUUA